GCUCCUUCACCUCCCUCUGCUGCGCUCGGCGUCCACAUUCGCCUGCCCCCUCCUCGUCGCGGCCCAUGUCGGUCGCGGUCCAGGCGAUGUCGGCCACUGCGCAUGCUCCCGUGGUCCCCAACUAUGUCCCCUCCUUGCAGUCCCACAUUGUGGAUAACGACCGCCUCAGUCAGAUGCAACCAAGGGUCUCCUUCGCUCGUCGACCUCUUCCUCCACAGCCCAAUGUCACUCGGAGUUCUAGUAGCAUGUCGGCGUCGCCACUGACGCGAUCAGCGCGCACAAGCUUCAUCUCGAGUGACCAGUCAACAAGCUUAGCAACUGUAUGCGCAAAUUGUCAGGUCUUGUCGCGCCUUCUUGAAUUUAUCUCUUGGGCGGACUGUCACUCGCUCAGCGGCACAUCGCGUGCUAUCCGUCGUGUAUUUCUUGAUGCGAACAUCAAGGAGGUUGUUUUCUCUCGGUUUAUCCCCGGAUACCGAACAGCCCUAAGGGCAAGGGAUAGACGACUGUGGGAGGAUAACGUCAGGAUGGAUUAUGUUGACCUUGGGCUACUCACGAGUGCGUUAGACACACCAUUACAACAUUUCCCCAUGCACGCGUUAUCACUGCUGUCUAGUGAUUUGCCGACUUUUGAGCAAAUGCAUACUACACAUCACCUGCAAAGACUUUCCCAGGCGCAUUCUCGCGCUGUCUUAGUAUUGCAGAAUUUGGUACACAGCAACGCCCGCCCAGUUCCUUCCGAUCUCGAUUCCGCUGUAUUGAAAGCGACAAACGGGUCUUCCACGCAGACGGGUCUCCGUGAACUGACUUUCCCUGCCCCACUGUCAUAUGCCACCCAAGAUGGAGUAAUAGGCAAGAGUCAUUCUUGCCCGCCAUCUGUUAGCGGAGAUACUGCGAUUCAAGCCUCUGCGUCGAGCUUGAAAGGCCGCACAUUCAAGUCUCAGAAGCGGCAGAGCAGAAAUUGGGGUUCAGAAAGUACUUUUCCUGAGCCGGAUGCAGGAAGGGUGAGGCGUGAUCGCAGCACCUCCCGGCUUUCCAUCUUCGGCGGAAAUGCACAGCGUCCCCCGUUGCCACAGCCUGCAACUCAGCCCGAAUCACUGCGGAUCUAUUCUGGGACUUGGCGGCGGUCUUACUACGGACCACCACCGAGUGAAGAUGGUGUGCUAUUACCGCCAAAACGGAGGUUUGCGUCGUCACGAAAUACAAGCAAUUCGUCACUGGGAAGUUCGCCAUCGCCAAGCUCGAGUAGACACUGUGCGACCCCUGCUAGCUCAUCACCACAUGAUCUGUAUGCGGCAACGAAACGCAACAGAGCUCCGAUCCUACGUGUAUUUGUUCCCUGCUCUGUAUUCACCGACGAGAUUAUUACCGCCUGCGAAGACCAACUCGUUGACGACGGUUUAUGGGACCAUUUAUCCGUGGGUGACAUUGUGUGCAAUUUCGGGUAUGUGCCCCUCGUCGACGAGUCGGAAGAAAAUGCACAGGAAAAAGAUCACCGGCGGUGGCUUAUAUUUACUGGCGAACAGCUGGACAUUUACCACCCGACGAGACCUCCCCCUAUUGCGGGAGCGCUCAGCUUACCCUCGCCCUUUUACUACAUCCACAUCCUCCCGACAUUCAUAAAUCCCCGUUUACGACUUAUCCUCCCACCAUCUCGCGCACAGUUCUCUCUUUCAGUAGUAAUGACGAGGGUCGCGUCAUCACAUGCAUCAAGCGGUUAUGCACGUGUGAAGACUUUCGCAUGGCUCGCGACCUUUGACGCUCAUCCCCUACCGGGCUCGCCAAUGAGUUCAGGCUGGGCUGGAGAGUGGGUUCUCCAAGGCGAAGGUACUCCGGAGGGCAAGAUCGCCUUGCAAGAUGCUCUCCAGGGUGGUCAAGAGGCUGAACAUGAAUACGAAAUCGUGCUCGAAAACAGUGGUGGAGGGAAACUUUGGCUUAGGAUGAUCAGUUCUGCUCCAGUUUCGCGGACUUCGGAAUCUAUGGACCUUAGGACUUGACCUGCAGACACUAUAAUGCUUUUCUCACCUCGCUCAAACUCCCUUUCUCACCAUCAUUUCGAAUAUUGUCUUAACACAGUUCUGCUUUCUUUUUACUAUUGUAUCUCUCGGAUAGCCCGCUGAUACUUUGACUUGAAUCCCUUUCCCCUUUCUCUACUGCACUUUUACUCACUCACUAGUCUGCACAACUCACCAUCAUCGUCACUCGUCUUUCACUUGACUCGUAUCACUUAUCCUUCAUCUGCUUUCGCACUCAUACCCGACCUCGCCCUAUAAGCAUGCUACCUACUACUUCUUACACACACAACUCACAAACUCAUUAUUCUACCUUCUGCAUUACUUUGCGCAUAUCGG